AUGAAGCUGAUCGCUUCUAUGUGGUUUAAAAGAAAAAAAGCUAUGCGCAACCGCGCCGGUGUAGUACGCAGACCGAAAGUCGUAGGUGGGAAAAAAGUCGAGUUCGAAGGAUUUGUCGAUCCUUGGCCAGACGCAUCCCGCAAGUUCUUGUCGAUUGUUCUGUUUCCCGUUUUGCGGUGUUGCACCAUGGCUAAUACUUACCUAUUCCAAAGGAUCUUUCUCUUGGCCGUUUUGAUGGCCAACAGCUUCCGUCUCAAUUCGGCCAUGUUCGAGCAGCCAGACUCUCAGUCCAAGGAGCAGAUGGAUGCUACUCCGACCUGCUUCCGGCGUCCGUACACUUUCAAAGUCUAUCAAGAGGAUUCCGAGGGACGCUCCUGCUGGGAUGUCGUCACCGUCACUUCUUGUUGGGGACGUUGUUCAUCUAACGAGAUUGCAGAUUGGCGCUUCCCGUUCAAACGUUCACAACAUCCCGUCUGUCAACACGACUCGAUCCUGCCCAGAGCUAUCACCUUGAGAAAUUGCGAUCCGGAAGUCAAUCUUGGAACGGAAUUGUACAUGGCCUUGGAUGCUGUAACAUGCCGUUGCGAACUCUGCCGCACCGACACCACGAAUUGCGAGGGUCCGCAUUACGAUCGGCGGAUAACGACCCGCCGUCUGAAUUGAGAGGCUGGACAACAAAAAUCGUGAAAAAGAUGGAAGCGCACAUUUUUAAAAAAUAUACUCUGAUUAACACAAUCUCCUUCACUAUAAUACGCUUAUAAAGCAGAUAUAAAUGGAUUAAUUAACAUUACAAUCGUUAUUUCGUCUGUAUUGAAGAUAAAUACAUUAGAAUGGAAUCACUA